AAAUCUUUUUAAUAAGAUGUGGUUUGGAUUUAAAAAACAGAAUGACACUCAAAAUGUAUAAUAAGCUCAACAAUUUCCCGCAUAUAGACACAAGGCAGCUCAUUAAUAAGGAGGUCUUAACUUAUCAUUUGGUGAAGAGAAUUCUGAAACUUAAAAAGUGGCAGCAAGUGUGUUUAAAUAAUUAAGUGGGAAGCUGAUAACAGGAAAUUUCGGAUCAUUGAUGCAAAUUAGCAAGCCCAUUGCUAUGUCUUUGGAUAUGAGUUUUUUACAUGGAGUGGCUUUAGGACACACAUUCGGUAAUUUAUUGGAGAGAUGCAGUCAGUUGUCACCAAUGGAAUAAAUUAAAUAUAUCUCGGCUUAUCAAAUAUCCGGAUUGCAUUGCAAUGGGGAGAUUACAAAGAUGAAAUCGCCUUUGGAUCCAUUAGUGGGAGAGACAAUUUAAUUGGUGAAAGAGGAUGGCACAUAAUUUUUUGCAGAAUAAACUUCUUUCGAUCCACCAAUAUGUUUUUAUUACAUAUAGGGAAAUAAUUAUAAAAUAUACGGAGAUGACAGAUUAGAAAUUUAAGUGCACAAGACUGUCAAUUCAUUAACAGGAGUGCAGAAUGGUAGAUAAACCAUAAUCUUCAAUAAUGGUGCUGUGUAUAAGUGUGCAUAGAGACCAACUAUGGAAAUAACUGGAUUGGUGAUGGGAGAUCGACUUUUGAAUUGGCAAGGCAAGAUGGUUAUAGAAGGACCUGGUGUGAAAUCAGUUAUUACAUUCAAUUACAAUGCUGAAGGGAUGAUGUCCAAAAUUACUUCUUUCUUCAAGUCUUAGGAAUAAGCCAAAAUCUUCGACAUUGUAGAAGUAGACAUUUUUGAAGUGCAAACUGAUGAAAAUGGAAAUAAAACAGAAACUCUUCUUUAAUAAGGAAUCGGAUCCUGGUUGGAAGGAUUGCUCUUUGGAGAAGAGAAACUUUGGUAAAUAGACGAAGAAAAGAAGCCAUGGAUCUCGCCUUAAGAAGUGUUAGAAUCUGAUACUACCAAAAGAGAUGAUCUCAUAUUUAUGAAGAGUCAAAAGAUGGAGGAUGCACAAAAAGCCAAAUUGUAAUUGGAAGAAUAGAAUUUUAAAGACUUGGAUAAUAGAAGAAAAAAAUAAUGAAUAUAUCAUUUAAACACAAUAAAAUUUCUAUGGC